CGUAAUCUAAAUUACUUUUAUCUUUGGCAAAACAAAUGAGAUCAAUAGUGCAAAUGUCCAAAUGUAAAUAUAAAUUGUGCAUUGUCCACUUUUGAGAUUGUUAUUAACAAGUAGUGAGUUGUUUGCUACAGCAGUGCCUAACAAAGCAAAAUGCAGCUAAAGUGUAUAUUUCUGCUCUGUGCUUUAGUGUUUUCAUUUUACUAUGUCAAUGGUAAUUUGGACGUGGACUUGGGCCAACAAUAUUGCGGUAGACGAUUGGUAUACAUGCUUAAAACGGUAUGCUUAUCCCGAAUGAAAAGAUCAUUAGGUAUGCCAGGGAUUGUCCAGGAAUGCUGCUUUAAGAGAUGUACUUUAGAUACGAUGCGUGAAUAUUGUGACUGACUUAAAAAGUUCUAACAGUUUUUAAAUGUUUUUAAUUAAUAAAUCACUAUUAUUUA